AUGGCAGCACGCAAUUUGUCUGCAGACAAGAAGCAUAAUAGUGUACAAAGCAGAAAUAAUACAUCGCAUGACAGACAACGCAAUAGUAUAUAACAAGGACAGUGACAACGAUUAAUUCCACCCGUACCACCAUUUUACUGCUCCGUGAUGAUAAUAUUUCUCUAUCUAUGAAUUGAUCAAAUUUUCAUUUGCAACAAACACCAAUUAAAAAGAUUUAUUUGUGAUCUUUCAUAGUUGCAUCUGUUUAGUCGGUGUUUCUUUCUUUCUUUCUAUACAUUUAUACAUUUUAUACCAUUUUUCUUUCUAUACAUCUAUACAUUUUAUACCAUUUGACAAACAAGAAAUUGAAUAAAAAUAAUCAAAACUAUAUAGAAAACUAGUACGCUGUCAUCUGUCGGCAAAUAAAUAAGUCUACCAUUUAAAAUAAACAUGUAUUUUCUAUCAUUUAAAAAAAUUCGAAAUAUAAAGAACAGUUUCUUUUUAAAUAAUGAAAAAAGAAAUUUGUUUUUUUAUUGAUAAAAUAUUUCCUUAUAUUUAUAAAGUAAAUAAUCCGCUAAUUGUUUCGCUUGAUAAUUAUAUUUCUUGAUUUAUGUCAGAUAUACUGUCAAAUGUGUUGACUGUAAUUUAAUGUAAUUAUUUAUAUAUCUGUAAUUCUGUAUAAUUAAUAUAAAAUUGUUUUUUUAAUUCUACUUGAAUUCUCCUACUAUUGUGUAAGAACCAAUGAUAAUCGUACUUAUUUAAUUACUAUUAACUACCGAUUAUAAUUGCACAAAGUCUAUAUUUCCAGUAUAUAUCGUAGAACUCACGAUAAAUUUUAAUUAUAGAUAAAAAUUUCAUAUCUCUUGAUUUCUCAGAUUUUAGUGAGAAACUGUUGAGAAAAGUAUCUAAAUUGAUGACAGUAGUACGGACCUUCGACUUCAUUCUUGUAAACAUUGUGUUUAGAUUUAUGAAAGUAAUUGUUUUUCCCAUCUGAGAUUCAUCAGAGUGCAUUUUAUAUAAAACAUUCAAUUGAUUAAGUUAUUUGAUUGCAAAACCAAUCGUAGAAAUCACAAAUAAUGUGUAAUUUUGUAUGUGUAUGGAUACGACAGUCUUGGUUGGUGAGUAACUCUGCCAUUAAAAUCAUUUUACAUAUUUAACAAAUAUACUGUCGAGUAUUGUAAAAACUUAAGUAAAAUAAUAUUUAUUGAAAUUUGCCAGAUAUUAUUAUUAUAGAACAACAUAUAAUCAAUUGUAUUAUUGGAUAAAUUAUUCUACAACGCAUUUACUACUGUCCUAUGAAAUGUCGAAAGAUAUUAGUUAGUAUAAAACGGCUUCCGUAUCUUUCAAUGUAGAAUUUAUUAUUAAAAUUUAUUGAAAUCAUUUUUGCACAGAGUUUGCAAUUUUAUUUUAUUCGAGUUAGGGAAAAAAAGAUCUAAUAAGUUUAUUUUCGUCUGAUUUAAGUAAGGUUAUGAUAAUUUUACUAUUUUUUUAAAUAUGAUGUUUAAUAAAUAGUAAGACUAUGGAUUUUUUGUUUGUAUAGUUUGAUAAUUUAAAUUUAAUCCUUUGAAGAAAGCAAAUGACAAACAUAUAUUUAUUGUUUUCUAAUUGACUACUUUAUUUAUAAUAUAUUUUUAAGUGUAUUUUAAGUAUCGAUGAUAGUAAUUGUUUUUCAUCAACAGGACAAUCCAUGACUUGUUAGAUAAUCGUAAUAGUCUUGGAGUUUUACCAUGGAACAAAUAAAUGAAGUGCAUAGUGAUAUUAAUAAAACAGAAUUAAUAACAUUAAAUGUACUUUCAUCAAAUGUACCAUCAGAAUCAAAUACUGAUAAUGUUAAGAACAAGGAAGAUAUUUCAGAAAAUCAAGAAGAUAAGUCACAGAAGUAUACUGAUAUUAUAAUUCAGAAUGCUUUAUCAACAAAUGAAUGUGAUGCAACAGAUUCAAAUAAAAAAAUUGAAAGUAAAGAAAGUGUAACAGAAAGCAUAGAUAAUGCUAUAAUUAACGAAGUAAAACAAGAAAUAAAGAAUAACGUACAAAUUGAUGAUCAGUGUAAAAAAAAUGAAAAAUUUCAAGAAGGACAAAUAGAAAAGACUAAUGAGAUUGAAGAUAAUUUAAAAUGUGUUGAAGAUACAUCCUUACAUAAAGAAUGUACAAACAAUGUCAAAAUACUUAACAGAAAUGAGGCUGAACAAAAUUAUGAUGAGAAACAAAAUGUUUGUACAAUAUUAAAUAUAGAUACAGUUGAUGAUACUAAUGCUCACUGUCAAGCAUUAAUUAAAACACUUAGUGAAACCUUUGAUGAUAAAGACCAAACAUUACAUGUUACAGAUACAGAGGCAGAUUUAUCUAAACUAGUUGAUAGUAAUUCAGAAGUAAUGGUACUGACUGUAGAAACUAUUAAUGAUUUAAAUGAAAGUACAGAAGAAAAUAUUGUUUUAACUGUACAUGAAAAGGACACUGUUGUAAAUUCCAAUGAAAAUAAUGUUUCUGUAGAACAAAAAGAAAUAAAGAAGACAGAAAUUGUAAAUGAAGAAUUUAAUUUAAUAGAUUAUGCUCAAGAAAGUGAUGGAACAAUUAUAGAAGUAAUUUCAACAGAAAUUGUGGAUCCUGAAAUUUGUGAAAAUUGUAAUCAGCAAGGCAAUAAAGAAGUAUUAAAUUAUACAGAACCAGAAAAAGAUUCUGUAACUCCAAUUACUUCAGAAAUAAUUAAUAAUCCAGAAACUACAGAUGAUGUUGAUAUUAAAGAAGAAAACAUAAAGAUAAAAAACAAGAAUACUGAUGGAAAAUAUAAUGUAGAACAAGAAAAAAUAAAUGGAAAUAGUAAGACUGAAUCUUUUGAUAGUUCACUUAAAAUUAAUGUAGAAAAGAAAAUUAUUCAUAAUAAAAUGAUCAUACCUACAUAUGUUACGAAUACAGAAGGAGAAAAUAAAUCUGUAAAUGAAACAGAUAAAGUGGGCACAACUAAUAAAAGAAGUGUAAUUCAGGAUAUCUUCGAUGACUGGGGUGAUGAAAAUAUAGAAGAUGAUAGUCAGUCUAAAACACCAGACACUGUGGAAAUUGAAUUGAAAAGUUUAUUAAAUGACACAAAAACACAAACAAUAGAAGAAAGCACAGUUGUACUACUUGAAGAAGAAAUUACAUGUAUUGAAAAAGAAGAAUCGGUUGUAGACAGUGGAAAGAUUAUAGACGUUGCUAAACAAAACAAAGAAAUACAAAUAUCAAAGGAACAAAUGGAUAACAGUCAAACAACAAAAAAACAACAAAAUAGUAUGAAGUCAUCGCUUAAAGAACAAUUAACUUAUUCUAUAUCACAGGCAGUUGGAAAGUCUACAAAAGAUUCAAUACAUGAUACUGUUGCAUUUAGUCAAACUUCAUCAUCACAAAUUGUGCCUACUAAUCGUCGUAAUUUAACCAAUCAACGUUCACCAGUUGAAAUAGCAGAAGCAAUAAAAGAACGACUCCGUGAAAAGCAAAAAAUAGUAGAACAACCACCACGACCUGAUAUAGUUUUUGUUAAAAAACUAACCCAGAGAUUAUCAAGUAAACUAGUAGGUAAUCCAGGAACAUCCUUACCAGCACUUAUACCAUUGCCUCAACCUAUUAAUCAAUCCCAGUGUGAUAAAAAACUGGUAGAUAAUACUAAUACAGAAAUUAACAAAGAAAGUAAUUCUGAUAAUAAAGAAUUGUUAGCAAUAUUAGAAGGUGAUGUCGAUCCAGAUUGGUCUAAUUUGAAACCACCAAUUUUAACAGAAGAGGGAAAACGGUCAGUAAAGAUUGAACAAAGUGGUUAUAAUACACCACCAAAACUUGAUCCUUUAGUUGAAAGAGAAUUAGCAUUGAAACAACUUCUGGAAUUACCAAUUACACCACCUAAAAAAAAUGUACAGAAGAAGAAGAAAACACCUAUUAAAACAUCUAAAGCAGUGAAAACUAAAGUUACAUCUAACAUAGAAAAAGAAACAACUGAAACUAAUCCAAUAAAUGAAACUACAGAAUUUAUAGAGAAUAAAAAUCUUUCUGAUACUGCUUCGUCUUCUUCGCUUAUUGAAUUUCAUACUCCAGAAAAGAAAACAGAUGUACAAGAUGUACGAUUAGAUGAAUCAAGAUCAGGUAGAAAACGAAAACUUACAGAAAAAGCUAGAGAACAUGAACAACAACAAAAUAUUGUAAAACGUCAAAAAAUAUAUAAAGGAAAAAUUUCACCAGGCAAGAAACAGCCUCAAGAACAAACUUUAACUGACAUUAAUUUAUUAACUGAAAAUCAUAUAUCUAAGGAAACUAUAAUACUUGCUAAUGACGAGGCUACAAAAACAGGUGAAAUAACAAAUAAACAUGUCACAAAUAAUAAUAAAGUAGAUGUAGCAUUAAACAAACUUGAUAACAUACAAAAUGUAUGUAAAUUAAAACUUUCAAGACAAAAUCUUAGUAAAAAAGGAUCGCAGUCUCUCGAUAAACAAAAUAUAGUAGUAAAAAAGAUAUUAAAAAAUAUAUCUUCCAAUAAAAAAACUGUUGCUGUAAGAAAUAAAUUAGGCGCAAAGAAAUCAGGGUCAAAGAUAGUUUCAAAAUCAAAACGAUGUACAGAAAUCUCUACUGGAGAUCCUAAACCAAAAAAGAAGAUCAUAAACGAAAUAGAUAGAUUACUUCAAGAUGAAGGUGUUGUAAAUUUGUUAUACGAUGUAGAACAACCUGAUAAAAAAAGAUUAGUUCCCAUUACUAAGUCCCAAGCAAAAGUUAUGGAUAUACAGAAAGUACAGCGUGAACUUAAACUUAGAAAAAAGUUAGUACGUAAUGCAGUUUUAAGAUUACGUACUUCAACAGCAGGUGUGUCAAAAGUUUCUCCAAGAUCUAAAAGGACUUCUUUAUAUCUAAAUGAUAUACAAGUAGAUAAAAAGAUUGGAGAUCAAACUGCAUCAGCAAAACAAGUGAAUUUAACAUCUCAAGAGUUUAUUUUACCUGCAAAAAUAAGAAAUGCAGCAGAUGCAUCCGUUAUAAUUAGAAGGCAUUCAUCUAGUUCAUUUUCUAGUGCAUCUGGAAGUCCUAGAGUUAGUAUUGAUAGUCCAGAGAAGAAUGAAGUUAUUAAAGUUGAUGAAGGAGGAUCCCAUUCUUUAAGGUCUACAAAAAGACGAUAUUCACAAGAUGAAAAAGUAAAUAUAAAAAAAAGUAAAAAGAAGACAAUGCAAAAAAGUGAUACAGGAAUUGAUCUUGACACUGUAGAAGAUAAAAUGGUAUUUCCUGGACGUCUCAAUAAAAAAAUGGAUUCAAAAAAGCCUGACAAAAAUUCCAAACAACUAGAAACAGAUGAAACUAAUAAUGAUUUAGGAAAAAUUAUUACAAGAUCAAAUGGUACAACUACAGGUAAAGUAACAUCAAAAACAAAGAAAACUACAAAGAACAAAGUUACAUUUGCUAAAACAAGUGAAUCAGAUAACAAUGAAGAAUUUUGCAAAGAAGAUGAACUUUCAGCCUGCCUUGCAGAAGCUGCAAAUGCUUUAUCAGUAGUCAAUGCUGGGAAUCGGACUAUAAGUUCAACGACAAAUCGUAAAAAUAAAGCCAAUGUAAAUAUCACUAAAACAUUGGAAGCGGAUAAUAACAAAACAAAAAUGGAAACUCGAAGUCAAUUUAGUAAUAAAGAAAUAAAUAUACGUCGACAUGGAAAUCUUGUGCAAUUAAUACUUACACCAUCAUCUUCAACAAAAAUAAGAAAUGCUCUAACUCUCCAGGUGAUGCAAGAAUUUCGCGAAACAUUAUCGAUUUUGAAAAAAGAUGAUGAUUGCAAAGUAGUUUUAUUAACAUCAACAGGAAGUAGUUUUUGUGAAGGUCUUGAAUUAUCUAUGUUGUUACAUACAAAUAAAGAAGAACGGCGUACGCAUGCCCAAGAAGUGGCAGAUGCAGUUAAGGACUUCAUUAAAAAUUUAGCAUCAUUUAACAAACCUAUUGUUGCUGGAGUUCAGGGAGCUGCAGUUGGACUUGGAGUAACAAUGUUGCCUUUAUUUGAUCUUGUGAUAGCUAGUGAUAAAGCAACAUUCAGUACACCUUAUGGUAAAUUAGGACAAAUUGCUGAAGGUGCUGCUGUAUUCACUUUAUCGCAUAUACUGGGAAGUGCAAUUACAAGUGAAUUAUUAUUAGGUGGGAGAACCUUAACAGCCAGUGAAGCAUUAAGAGCUGGUCUUGUUACUCGUGUUCUGUGGCCUGAUAGAUUUCAAGUUGAAUUAUUACCAACAUUAAAAGCUAUGAGUGAACAAUCUUCACAGUCUAUGGAAGCUACAAAAGCAUUAUUACGUCAUAGUUUGAGAAAAAAAUUAGAUGCGGCAUUAGAAUCUGAAACAUAUUUGCUGAUACAGCAUUGGUGUUCUGUAGAAUGUCAAGCUGCUAUAAAAGCUUACAUUGAUGGAAAAGUCCAGUGAAAUUUAAAUGGUAAUACUCUGUUUUAUCUGUACAUCUGUUUUUAAUCAUUUGUAACUUAUAUGCUAGAAACGAAAUAACGAGAAUAUUAAGCAUGGUUGAGAUAAUUAUUUUCACGAAGUAUUAAAUAUAGCGGUAGUAAUUUUAUAGUACAUACAUAUAACAAUAUGCAAAGUGUAAAUACAUGUUUGUCAUUGUUAUAUAUAAUUUGUAUAUGAAAUUAUAUAAUAUAUUAUUUCUUUAAAAAAGAUUAUUUCAAAAUUAGUUUUCACAUUUAUCAUCUGUUAUUCUAUUAUUAAACAUUGUAUAUAAAAUUAUAAUUCAUUAUCAAUGAUAUUUAAAAUAUGAAAAUAAUAAUGAGUUUAAUUAAAAUAUCUUCUAAAAAGACUUCAAAAAGUUCAAUUAUGUGCUAUAGAUGCCUACUGAUUUUGAAUGGAAGUACAUCAAAUUCCAACAUACCUAGUAUUGUAAAUUGGAUUUGAAGAUUAAUAACGAGAUAAUUAAUUUGAAGAAUACAAGAAAAGAAAUCACGGAUCUGGUGUGUCAUUUUAUAUCAACCAACGCACGAUUAUUAUAUAUAUACGAUUAUUAUGCAUAAAAUAUAAAAUUAAUUAUUCUGAUGAACUAUUUUAAUAUUAGAUAAUUUAGAUAUAUGGAUUUACAUGCACGCAUGAUCACAAAAUAAGGUAUUUCAUGUUACUGUUUUGAAUAAUUUUUAAAUUAUUAUAUGCUUUACCUAAAAAAAUAUAUACAAGGCGUUCGCGAAUUUACUGUCUCGUGUUUUUUCUCAUAAAAAAUAGAUGCUAUAGAGAAAUGAAAAAGGAUAAGUACUUUUUUUUGCACCCAAUGUAAUUUAUAGUCGUUGAAUUCAUCUUCAUAUUCGCUUUCAUAUAAUAUAAAAAAAAAAUAUAGCCAUUUAAAAAUUGAAGAUCACCUUCAGUUCUCAAAAAGCAGUAUGGCUAGAAAGAAUUUCUACAUAUCAUUACAUUGCGUACAAAAAAUAAUACAAUUUUAUCCUCUUAUUUUUUCAUAGCAUCUAUUGAAAAAGUUGGACAGUAAAUCUGUGAACACCCUGUAUUUUUUGUUUUAUUCAAAAAUAGAAAAUAUAUAGAAUAUAAUCGAUUUUGCACAAUUUAGUAUUUUGUGUAAAAAAAAAAUAAAAAAUAAAUAGCGAAAAAAUCAUGAAGUAAUGCUUCACGAUAUAAAUGCUUAGAUAUAAAAAAACUCAUAAUAUAAAUGCUUAGAUUAUCCAAGACGAUAAUAUUACGCAUCUCAUUUUGUAUAUGUGUGUGUAUGUAAAUUUUUCAUAGUAUAUUAUUAUUAUAGAAUAAAAUAA